AUGAGAGAUGAAAAGAGGCUGUUGAAAGAGCGAUUUACGACUUAUUUUUGGGGAAAGAUGGUCGAAUUCGGCUCAUUGCUCGAGAUUUCUGCAUGGGAUUUUGUUCUUCUAUCGAUUCUCGCCGUUCUCGUCUAUCGAUGGUGGAAACGUCAAAACACGCCCGAUGUUGAACGACCCGUUGUGCCAAAGAUUCCGCCGACCGAGAUGAUGGAUUUGACAAUAGAAGAAUUAUUGAAAUACAACGGUACCACGGAUCCACACAUAUUCUUUGCGCUCAAUGGAACGAUAUUCGAUGUUACACGAGGAGCAAACUUCUAUGGUCCCGAUGGUCCAUAUGGCGCUCUAGCGGGCCAUGAUGCCACUCGUUCGUUGGCGACAAUGGAUACUAAAGCCGUGAAAACAGAAUGGGACAAUUGUGACGAUUUGACACCAUCGGAACGUGAUAGCGCAAAUGAGUGGGAAGCAAGCUUCAAGUUCAAGUAUCCGACCGUUGGAAAACUCGUCAAAAGCCAAGAGGAAAAGAAAGAUUAUGAAGGGAAAAUAGCCGGCAUCAAUAUG